AUGUCGCACAGCGACGGCACAGGGGAGGGCCUGGUGGCGGCGUUUUUCAGCCGCAUCGGGUGGCCCCUGACGGUCGGCAAGGGGGAGGAAGACGUCUUUGCGCGCAAGGUUCACGAGCUCAAGCAGCAGCACCUGAGGCGCAUGCUGAGGGGCGGGCAGGUGCCCCUGCGGCAGGACGUGCAGCGGGUGCUCCGGGACGCCAUCGCCGGCGGCGCGGUGGUCGCGCUGCUGGCUGAGACGGCGUCCGCCCCCGACGAGGACGUGGUGGGAAGCUGCCUCUCGCAGGUGGAUGCUGACCUGGCGCCCUCCCUCCGCGUGUACACCGCCGGCCUGCAUCGGGCCCCGGACGAGGAGGGCGAGGACGGGGGCGCGGACGCGGACGGGCGGCUGCCGGCGGGGGACGGCGUCGGGGCCUUCCGCGCCGCUGCGGCGCGCGUGCAGCAGCAGGCAGCGGAGGCGUUCGUCGCGCGGCUGGCGCAGGACGCGCCGAGCGGCGCGGCGCGCGUCGGCGUCGCGGCGAGCCUCCAGAACGCCGCAGCCCGCCGCCUCACGCCAGAGUGGUUCGGCGCGAUCGCCGCCACCCUCGGCGUCCCCGCCUCCCGCUGCUUGGUCGUCGCGUCGGGGGGGUCUGUCGUCGCCGCCGCCGCGCAGGCGGGCAUGGUGGCGGCCGCGGUGCCGCGGCAGGGCGCGCAGUAUGCAACAUACGACGCCGCCGUUGCCAAGUUCGAGGGCUUUGGCCCCGGCUACGCGACGUGGCCGCGGCUCAAGUCCCUGCUCACCAGCACGGCGGCGCAGCGCGGCGCGCGGCGGUAG